AUGAAGAUAUGUGCCUUUCCUGUGGAAAUCAUCAGGGAUGUCUUGGACAUUUUCAAGCCACACUACAUUGAGGAAUUGGAACUAUUUACCAACCAGGUCCUGUCCUUCCUGCGUCACUUUGCACCUUGCCUUGGCCAUAUGAGAAAUCUCCCCAAAUUCCAUCUACAUCACAUCUACUUGAAUUCGGACAGGGUUGUAAAUACAUUGGCAGACAGAGAGAAGAAUUCUGCCUCCAAGUUCCUUGCUCAGUUCUCCAAAUUGAACUGUCUCCAGCAUCUCUCCAUGAAUUGGAUCUACCUUUCCACUGACCAUGUGAAACAGUUUUGCAGAUACCUGAAGACCCCAUUGGAAUCCUUGUCUAUCACUCACAGCCAUCUCUCACAGUCACUCUUGAAACACUUGUCAGGGUGUCAGAGCCUCCGUCAACUGAAAUAUCUGAACCUCAAUGAUAUAGUGUUAUCCACGUCACAUCCCACAGGUCUCCAACUUCUUCUAAAGAAUGUAGCCGAUUUUUUGAGGACCCCGGAGUUACAGCACUGCAACCCGGAGGACUCUCACAUCAGUUUCCUCCUGCCUGCUCUAAGCCAGUGCUUCCAGCUCACCAGGGUCAAUUUCUAUGACAAUAACUUCUCCAUGGCUGUACUGAAGGACCUUCUGCACUGCAAGGUCAAUCUAAACAAGCUGACUGUAGAGUUCUACACUGCCCCUGUAGAGUGA